AACGAGUGAGAAGCGAAGAAGGAAAGAGCGCCGGCUACAGCUGUUUUCAGUUUGUCCUGUCCCGUCGUUCCCUUUUUCCCCUUGGUUGUCCGCGACCCGGCCACCCGAAAGAUGUUCCGAAUAGGAUUAAAAUUUCCGUGCAACGGUAUUAAUCGGGUCAAGAAACACACGUGCUCCAAAAUCUAUUUCACAGCCAGAUAUCAUGGGAGUCAAUCUUCUGUCAAAUGCGAACCAGAAAGCAGACUCUUCAAAGACGUUAAACUUAUGUCCAGGUACUCUGGUCUUAGGUAUUCAACCGAAUCACCAAAAAGCGAGAAAAAAAGAGGAGGUUCGGGUGGCCUGAUAGCAAUAGGGGCUGUAACUUUGGGCACUCUUGGUGUGCUAACUUAUGCCAAAAACGAUCCCGAGUUCAGACUAACUCUGGAACAAUGGAUACCAGGCACGGAUCGUACAAUUCGUAUCAUUUUCCAAGAGGAGAACAAGUAUUUCGACAUCGUUCGCGAAUUUUUCGAAAACAUCAAGCAAACUCUACUCAAGAUGAUCUUCGGUGAGGUUAAAGAGAACGAACAAAAAGCAGGUCAGAGUUCAAGAAACAGUAUAGUCUGCACGAAUAUAGAAGAUUACAUACCGCCAAAACCAGCUUUCGUGCCUCUCGUUGACGUUAAGGAUGCACCGAUUAACGAACCAUAUUCCGAAAUUCGUUUGAGCAAAGAAAAAGGCGAUGAAAUUGAAGUCGUCGUUGAAAAACCAGUCAAAGUGAAGAAGGACGUACCGGACGAGCUGAAACCAGCGAAUCUAGUUGAGCUCGAAACUUACUGCGGUCAGGCUGCUUCUCGAGCUAUCGCGGCUUAUACGAAGGCAACUUGUGCGAUCCAAGAGUACAAUCAAGACGUUACAAAAGUCAUAGAAACAGCUGGCAAAGCCGGAGCUCCGGUAUGGCAAAGACUGAAAGAAGCCACUGAAAAACGAAAAGCAGCUCUCGGCGAAGCCGAAGAAAACGCGGAAGAUGCUUUCCAGUCUCUGAAGAGAUUGUCGUCGCUCAUCGACGAUCCUCAGUUCGAUGCACCGCCGGUAAUCAAAUCCGUUGCAAGGAGAAACCUCAAGAAAGUUGUGAACGACGUCGAUGAGGCGAAGAAGAAGUUCGAGUCUGAACAGCGUUCGGCAAACAUCACUGAACGUUACUGGAAACAGGUGAAAGCUGCUCGUGAAGCUUUGAACGAGGAACUUGAAAUUCUUUUCCCCAAUGUCAACAUCAACGACAAACGAUUCUCCGUUAACGAAGAAGCUUUCGACUUAUUCGUUCUUCACAUGUACAAUAAAGUGAAUUACCUGCAAAAAGAACUGGCCAAGUUGCAGACAAUCGACGAAGCGCAAUUGAAAGCGGCGUUGAAAGCGGUUGGCGAGUCUGCCAAGGAUGAGAAGAUCGAGGCACUGAUUUGCAAUCAAGUUAACAAGGAGAAGCGCAUACUUGAAGAAGAAUUCAGCAAAAAGCUACUGGAAGAACAAAAGAGGUUUGACGAAGAAAUGCGGAAACAGCUGAAACUCCAAUCACAGGUGAGCAGCGAUCAUCUAAAGGACGCGCUGGAGGCGAAACAGCGCGAGACACAGAGAGCAAUUGAUCGUGCUUUGAGUGAACAAGUCGAGGCCGAUACGAACCAGUACAAGGCACAAUUAGCGACGGUUGUUGGAAGGUUACGAGGUCUUGACGCUGCUCUCGCCGUACGAUUGAACGAGGAGAAGGGCGCCUGUGACGCUCAGAUGCUUUGGGCAGCUUGUCAAGCGUUGGCAAGAGCCAUCAAGGUAGCACCACCCGGAGCAACUGCAGACAAGGCGGUCAGACCACUGGAACCCGAGAUCAAGGCGGUUUACAAAGUAGCGCCCAAAGAAGAUUCAUUGGUUAAAGCUACGAUAGAAGGAAUUCCGGAGGAAGCCUCCAAACGUGGAGUUUUCCCUGAAGAUGCUCUCCGCGAGAGAUUCCUUAAGGUUGAAAAUAUGGCGAGACGAUUAGCCUUGGUGCCCGAAGAGGGUGCAUCCUUGCCAGUUUACAUGUUGAGUUAUCUGCAAAGUUUUCUACUUAUAAAAACCAUCAAUCCUAUAUCAAAAAGCGAAUUGAGCGACGAACCCAUCGACACGAGCAAAUUCAACACUUACGACAUUUUGAAUCGUGCCAGGUAUUGGCUGGAUCGCGGCGACUUCAAAAUGACAUUGCGUUAUAUGAAUUUAUUGAAGGGUGCACCACGCUCCAUCGCCAGGGAUUGGAUGAACGAGACUCGAAUUCUUUUGGAAACGCAGCAGGCGGUUGAGACACUGGUAGCGUACGCCGGUUCCAUGGGACUCGUGUAUCUCGGUGGUGGAGACUCGAAGGUGCAGCAAUAGAGAAAAUCACGGAAGAUCGACAGAUCGUUCAGCCAGUUACACGUUGAAUAACUAUCGAAAUUUGUAUUAAAAAUGACCUUGUUAUUGAGUCCACCUUAACGGCGUGAAACAUCGUCAAAUUCCCGUCCUUUUCAUUCGCUUUUUUUUCCAUGAUAAAUACAAACAAAAUGUAUCCAACAAAAAAUGUUCCAGCUCGAGAGCCAGAAGAACCAGACUGCCCUCUUAUUUUAAAACCGAUAAAAAUUGUAAAUUUUCAAAUGAAUUAAUGGCUCGGAGAGCUCGGAGAAUACAAAUUCUUUUAUUGGUUCAUUUUAUUAGUACACCAUUCAACUGAACCGAUCGAAUGUAAUAUUUAUUAAUAGAGUUUAUUGAAUAAUAGAAGGACGGAGAUACAAAGGAAA